AUGGCCCCUGUCCCUACGUCUCUCUUGCGAGCUCUGUCCAUCCCCGACUCCUCCAGGGCCAGUCUCUCGACGUCUGGCUUGGGCUCGGGGUUCACCAGCACGGGCGCUAUUCGAGCAACAGUGCCCUCGCCCGCGACCCAGGAUGGGGAAGAAGAGCGCCAGUAUUUUGUCAAGACCUCAGCUGACGGUCAAGCGGCCGAGGAGAUGUUUAGGGGAGAGUACGAGUCUUUGAACGCCAUCGCAAAUUCGGUGCCGGGCUUUUGCCCCCGCGCGCUGGCCUGGGGAUUCCUCGAGGAGAGCAACGGGAAGAGCUUUUUCCUGGCCACCGAAUUCUUGGAACUGGGCGUUGGGGGCCGAACGGGGCCUCCCCUGGCUCAGCGACUGGGCAAGCUGCACUCGACGCCGGCGCCGCCCGAUCCUGAGACGGGGAAACGCCGGUUUGGGUUCCCGGUUCCUACGUACUGCGGCGACACGAAGCAGCCCAACCGGUAUCACGACUCGUGGGCUGAGUUCUACGCCAAUGAGCGGCUGUUGGUGAUUCUAGAAACGUCGGAGACGCGCAACGGUCGUGAUGCCAACCUGCGCGACCUGGUGGAACGGACGGCCAACACGGUCGUCCCCGCUCUGCUGGGUGACGGGCAUCUGGGCUAUGACAGGGAUGGAAAUGGCGAUGGAAUCACACCCGUCGUGGUGCAUGGUGAUCUCUGGAGCGGAAAUGCAGAUCGCGGACGCAUCGUCGCCAGCGGGCGCAAGGAAGACGAAGAGAUUGGGGACGUUGUCUAUGAUCCGUCCGCAUGCUACGCGCACAGCGAGUUUGAUCUGGGGAUCAUGAAGAUGUUUGGCGGGUUCGGAUCGUCGUUCUUCAGUGCCUAUCAUCGUAUUGUCCCCAAGACAGAACCGGUGGAGGAAUACGACGAUCGCGUGCUGUUGUACCAGCUGUAUCACCAUCUGAACCACCAUGCCAUCUUUGGGGCCGGAUAUCGGUCGGGGGCAGUGUCGAUCAUGCAAAAGCUGAUCAAGAAGUAUGGACGUUAG